GGAGCAGAACGAUUCUUAAGAAAUGGCCGAGGAGACAACCGAGGUAAUCGCGUGAACAUGAAUGAACUGCCUUUUAACAUCAGGACCAUUGUUGCAGCAGCAAGGCGUGCCAAUCUUCUUCCGUCCAGAAACGGAACUAGAGUUAGGAAUAGAACACCUCCAAUAGUUGUUCUUCGUUCGCCAAACAGAGGAUUUCAACAAUCCAGAAGAAUAGCUACAGUCGGAGGUUUGGGAAGGGGCCAGAACGGAAAUCAAGACACACAAGCAAAUUCUGAUCCAGAUUCUGGAGGAGAAACUAUUAAGCAAAGGACUGUGAAUAUCGAAGUCAAUGUACAAAGUCCAGACACACCUUCACCAAGUCCCACGCCUCAAAACCCGAACCCAACAGCCACAAACCCUGGAAUGUUGAACCCGACGAUGGCAAAUCAACAACCUGGAUUUAUGAACAGUAUGGGUCCAGUUGGUGGUAUCAAUCCUUUUCCAAAUCAAAGACAGCAACCUGGAAUGGAUAUAAUGAAUGGGUUUAAUAGGUUUAACCCACCCAAUUCCAGAAAUAGUAUUGAAAAUAAUAACAGACCAUCAGAUGACAGAAGUUCAAGUUCAUCAAAUUCAGGUGGUGGAAAUAUUAAUAUUGGACUUGGAAUUGGAGUUGGCUCUUCAAAUCCAGUUGUGCCUCCAAAACCUGCUUCCACAAAUACACCUUCUUCACAGUUCGGUGGUGUACAAAACGUUGCUCAAAAUGUACAACCAACUCCGCCUAAUCCUUUCCCACAAGGUUUUAAUGAUCAGCAAGGAGGAACGAGUUCAUUUGAUCCGAUGGGUUUUUCAGGGGUACCCCAAACUGGAUUUCCCGGCAGUCCACAAACUGGAUUUCCCGGAAGUCCACAAACAGCCUUCCCCGGUAGUCCACAAAAUUCUUUUUCUACAAACGAUCAAUCUGCCUUUCCACCCAGUCAGAUCAGUUUUCCUUCAAAUCCACAAACUGGCUUCCCACCAAACAAUAAAUUUCAGACAAAUACGAACAACCCCUCUGUCCCUACACUCCAAAGAUUCGAUCAACAGCCUCCCUCUCUCCCCGGAGCUGUAUCUUCCAGCAACUCUAUGCCUUGGAAUCCUUUUCCGUCGAAUGCUGGAAACUUUGGACAAGACACAGGUUCUUUAGCAAACACUAAUACCUUAAUAAACAAUAACCAAAAUAAUUUAUUUGCUAACAAUAUGCAGCGAUCAAAUGUUAAUGGCAUGCAAGGACAAAGAAAUUCAUUUCAGCAAUCAAUUGGCAUGGUUCAACCAAAUCAGUUUAAUGCAAUGCCACCUCAACAGUUUAAUAAUCUUACAUCUAACCAGAAUUUUGCUAGUUCUCAAUUGCUUAAUUCUCAAACUUCAACAGGAUCUAUUGGAUCGGCUGUUGGUGGUUUUGGCGGAGUGCAAAAUCCAAGUUUUCUUCAAAAUGCUGGAAACUCUUUCCAACAAGGAUCAUUAAUGGGAGGUGAUCCUACAAUUGGUGAACCGAUGAUAAUUGAUAAUGGAGGACGGACAACUGUUGUUGUGGAUAAUAUAACAUUCACCGGCGUUCUUCCACCAGGACCACCUGUGAUAAAGACACAAGUGAUAAAUGGAAAAGGCUCGGUGCAUUUAAAUCCAUUAGUUUCUUCUGGGGCAGCUACAGAUUCAUUCGGAAGAAAUUUCCCAACACAGUUGCAGUUCACAAAUCCAAAUGACUUGAAUUCAAUAAAUCAGAACUUCCCAUUGAGUGCAGAAAAUAACCAAAUAUUUCCAAAUCAACAAUUAUUAGGAAUUCAAGCAACACAAGGUACUAAAAGUCCAGUUGAACCCCAAAUGAACCAAGAUACCUCUUUCGCGACUCCUACUUCAAUAUUUGUUAAUACCUCCGGUCUUCUCAAUCUCACCAAACCUCAAGGAAAUAUCGACAUGUCAUUAUUAUCAAAUAACUCUACUCUUGUAGCACUUAAUGCAACUAACCAACAGCAAAUGAUAGAUAUUUCGAUACCCCUUAAUACUAAUCCCAUAGUAGCAACUAGCAAUAAUAUAGGAACAGCAUUUUCGGGGAGUAAUGUAGCCGUAGCUUUGGGUAAAGGUACAUCCUCAGGCAACGUGUUGCCGUCUGGAACCAACGUAACUGGAACAGAGGGAACAGGACCAAUUGAUGCACAUAGACACAUAGGUGAACAUCUAUUAGUUGCCACAAGUUCCAUUUCUAUGCAACCACAGGCCUUUAUGACAUCAACCCUCCCGAGUGUAGACUUGCAAGGUUUAUCCACCACAAAGCCAACCAAUAUCAUUGUGAAUGAUCCACAACUCCAAGUUGUGAAUAAUAUCCCCCAAGACAUUGGAAUGUCUUCUAUAGUUGGAGGAAUUCCUAAAGAAAUUUCCUCUACCGUUACUGGUGGUAUUUCUGAAGGAGUAUCAUUAACAAAAACUGGAAACAUCCCAACAGGAUUGUCUUCUACGAUAACUGAAAACGUACCAAUAAAAUCUUCACCAGUCAGUGAAAAUAUCCUUACUGGAAUCUCGUCUUCACUAACUGGAAAUGUCACUGAUCGAGUAGGUCAAAUCCAAGGUGAUAUUUUACAGGCAAAGGUUCCACAAGUAACUGAUAAUGUUCCAACUUCUGCAGAGCUCAAUCCAAUAAAAAGUAAUCCGUUGUUAGAAUUGCAACGCCAACAACAAAUUCUACAGAUGCAUAGAUUGGCACUUUUAAGAAGAAGAGAGGAACAACUCAAUACAUUAAGAAAACAAUUGCUUCAAAUUGAAUUAACAGGCAACAAGAGACAACCAGUGCAACGGACCCCUUUGACUCCAGUGAAAACAAAAGACAUGAGGAUUUUAGAAAACCUCAAACCAGCAGCUACGGCCCCAAAGACCACUGCAUCAUCAACAGUCGCCUUUAUGAAUGUGGAUUCAUUGAGAUCUCUCAUAGAAGAAAUUCUUCAUGGUUUCUUCAAGAAGCAGAAUAUUCUUACGGGAUUGGCUGUUCCCUCGAGUGGAAGUGCAGCUGUUGUAGACACAUCCAAAAGCAUUUCGCCAAACCUUAACACGGUGUCCAGAAUGGACCUUAAAUCAUUACAACAAAAUGUUGUUCCAGUUCAACAAAGAAGUACUUCUCUGCCAGCACUUCUACCAACAACUCCAAGCAAUGUUAUAAAAACUGAUCCAGCAGUUAGUGUAGUGGAUCCAAACGCAAUACCUCCAACAGAGCCCACCGCGAUAGACCCGAAUGCUGUGCUUCCGACUGAACCCACACCUCCACAAGAACCUAUUGUGGUGGAUCCAAAUGUAGCGCCUCCUACAGAACCCACGGCUCCUUCAGUAACUGACCCAAAUAUAAUUCUUGUGAGGGACCCUAGUGUUCAUGCGCAUAGUGAUGUCGUUACAGUGUCUGACACUCCUGUAAUAAAUAUGCAGGCUACUGAAUCUUUUUCAACAAUUUUACCUUCUACAACUACGGUUAUGCCUCCUGUGACAUCCCCUCCUAUAAUAGAUAGUGUUGGUAGCAGCGUGGGACAACCAAGUCUUUCCGGACAAAAACGGAAUUUAUUUCCAGGAGGAAUCGCUGUCCAUCCGGAAAUUUCUUCAUUCCGAACUUCAAAUCUGGCAAAUUUUCAACAACCAACACCUCCUCAACCUCAAUGGAACUUUAAUAUUCCUCGUCGUGGAGUAAGUCUGCAGGGGAUUAGACGAGGAGGUGUUUCCAGUAUUCCUGAAAUGAUCGGAGGGGAUCUUUCUAGUACCAACGCCAGAGUAAUUGCUCAACAAAAUAGGCCUUUACAUAAUUCAAAUUUUAAUUUGCAAUUUAAUCGCCGUCUUCAGGAUGUAGCGAUGAGAUCUAAUGUUAACAUACCACUUGGACGACCAGGAGGAGUUCCGGUCCCAAUGCUCUAGUGACGACACAGACUCUACAUUCGUGUUUGAAAUAAUACAAAGAAAAAGAAAUGACGCCUGGCAAACCACAAAUAAAACGUCUCUAAAUAAUUGCCAGUUACCCUAAAGCUACUCACCUGGGUGCACGCAAGCAGCACCUGUUCAAGUAUUCCAAAAUCCUUAACCAAUCUACCUGCCCAGGAGUGAAUAUAUAAUGGAAUAUGCGAACUCCUUCCUGUAAUGUGGGACCUUAAAAUUAUGAUACAUUUUACAACUUUCACUUUUCCAUGUGUUUCCAAGCAUUACAAUAAGGCUUCAUCAAGGCAUCCUUACUUGCGCCUUCAAUCAUCCAUUAAAGUUCUCUUUUCCGGUCCCACCAUGAACUACUCAUUUAUCCUGUCAUGUCUCGAUGGAUCGAGGCGCGGAAGAUUAAGAGUUGCAGAAGACAUUGUUAUAAAUGUAUAUGCAAUGUAUAUAGAAACUUCGAUAUCUUAUGUCUAUGAUAUCUCAUUUCUAAAAAAUGAAAGAAAGAGAGUACAAAUGAGAAAUACGCUGUGUGAGUAUGCAAAUAUUUCACUGUGUGAAUAUAGCAGUCAAUUAAAAUGGUUCAAGAUACUUAUACUCGUGUAAAUGUCCUUUCAUGAAAAUAAA